AUGUCCGAAGAAGUGAAGUAUAUAUUGAAUGAUAAUAACAUACUGUUUGUGACAUUUGAUGAUAUGGUGUAUGGAUUGGGAUCUAAUUGGUCGGGUCAGCUCGGGUUAGGACACGACACACCCAUUCAUACACCACAACGAGUGCCACAAUUAUGCCAUCAAAAUAUUCAUCAAUUUUUCAAUGGAGAAGACUUUGUAUUGGCUGUCAAUACGGAUAAUAAUGUGAUAUUCAGUUUUGGUCGCAAUAAUGAGGGACAAUUGGGACGGCAUGUGGAUAUGGAAACUCACGAUAAGCUGAAUUAUUCAAUAUCAUUUGAAAAGUCAUUUGAUGUAAUAAAUAAGCUUGGUGAGGGUGGUUAUGGAUUGGUUUGACAGAAAAAGAGAAACAAAAUGUUUUGAAUGAAGCCAAAAGUCUUGUGAAACUUCGGU